AUGUAUUUAAUAGAAUAUGAUCUGGUUUUAUAUGUUAUCGAGUACUACUUCGGUAGGUUAACAUCCAGAGUAACAAGUCAGUUGUUGUUGAGAGGUCCAAUAUCCCUACCCAAAUUGGUUAACCCAAAGAAGUUUAACUUUAAAGUUUUUAGAAAUGCAUUGGUUAUUCUUAUUCGACAUGGAAUCGUAGAGUAUAGUUUUGAAACUACCACAAUUGGACCACGCUUGGUUACACAUUUGUUAUAUUCGGUUAACAUUAAUAAUGCCUUGUCUAUGUUCUUGAUCCCAUCAAUCCUCCUAAACUGUAAGGAACAAUUGGAUGAUGAUUGUUACAAAGUUUUACUCCACAUUUCAAAGUAUGGAAUCACAACGCCCAGAAAAAUCAAAGAAUCGUUGCCUGAACUAGGAAACUAUGUUAUAUCGAACUGUCUGUUCAACUUAAUUAAUUCACAUUUUAUCGUACCCGUGGAUUCAUUCGAUCAGCUCAUGAAUAAACAAAAAGGGCAUGAGUACCCAUGUGACGGCAUUUUUGACGUUUUGGAAACCUUGACUAGAGGAACAACUAAUUCUUCAGCUGGGCCUCAAUGUAACAUCAAGGAUAACCAGCUCUACAAGAUAGAUUUUGAGUUUGCAUUAGAGAAUUUAGUCAAAGAGGAAAUAAAGCAGUUAAUAUAUAGUAGAGUGGGAAAUAACGCUUCAAUAAAAAUUGUUUUGGACGUUCUCAUGGACAAUAAUACCAGAAAGUGGCCUAAGAUUCUGCACUACCGCGACAUAGAAUCUCGUAUACGCUCUCUCAAGAACACUCAAAACAUCACUUCCGAUUAUCUAAUGAAGUUGUUAAACGGAUUAAAUAAACAUCCAGAUAAUCUCGUAGUAUACUCACCACAAGAUCAAUCAUACUAUUUGGAUUGGUACAAGGCGAGGAGAAUGCUGAAGGAAAUGGCAAUAUUUGAAUCAGUGAAGAGAUUACUAGGGAUUCGAGCUGCGAGAAUUUGGAAUCUGUUACUUAAGGAACUGGAUAAUGAUGUUUCUUCCAAAUUGGAUACUCACCAAGUCAGUGAAAAUGCUUUGGUUUCACUUCAGACAGCUAGGUCUAUACUCUACAGACUUACAAUGAAGGGUUUUGCGAAAAUUUAUGAAUCGGCUCCAAAAGCGUCUGAUAAAACUCACGAUCUUACACACCAGCCUCAGGAUCAAAGUAAUAAACAAACUGUUUACUUCUCCACAUCGCUUGAAUUAGUAUGUAAACUUAUUAAUAUUCUUUCUCAGACCCACUCUCAAAUUAUGAAAAUGGGAUACAAAUUCGCAUCCAACCUUAUAGAACGUCUAGUUCACGAGAAGAACAUGGACUUUCAGAGGUACAAAACACACAAGUCACAAGAAUCUUUAGGAAUCUAA